AGUCGAUAAAAACAAAAAACAAUCCCAAUCAACGGAAUGCAGCAAAAGUGCGGGAAAUCUGCGGAAAUGCUGUAACUCGCAAACAAUUAGGGAAAGUUCCCCAGCUCCGCGAUCGGCGACAGCCAAGUGGAUCCGUUUAAAGUGCUGCGGUCACACUACAUUCACCAUUUCUCUUUGUUUGCGGCGGCGGCGCUCGUUGAAUCGGCCGUGCAAAACGAAUAAAAUCGUAGAAAAUCGAGGAAAAUGCACCAGCCCCGUGCGGCAAUGUAAACAAACAAGGCUCAAAUGAGCAAAUGCAGAUUAAGUGCUUCGAUUAACCAGCAAAAUGCGCGUAGAAAGGGAAAUUCAGUGACGAAAACUACAACUACGUGCUGCUGCGUUCAUUGACGUGACGCGCGAGCGUGAAUGUGUGCGUGUGUGUUUGUGUGCGCUGGCUGCUUCCGAGUGCGAGUGUGAGUGAUUCCCUAUGUGUGUGUUGUUAAAAAAGCGUUUUUAAAAGAACAAGCCAGCAACAAACAAAUCACCACAGCACGUCACAAAUUGCAAUAGAAGCAGCCACAACACCUCAAAUCGAAAGCCCCCAACAACAACAUCUGUCGUGUUCUCAGAGAGUGAGGAAAAGAAAGAAAGAGAGGGGCAAAAAGAAAAUCAACAGUCGCGUGUGAAAUGAAAUUCAAAAAAUGUCCGUGUGUGUGUGUGUUGAAUGUAUAGAAUUGAGUAAGAAGCAGCGCGGCAAAAGGAAAUAAGCAAUAGCAACAGCAAAAACGGAACCAGCAACAACAACAAAUAACCAAUGAAGCAAUCAAAUUUGGCAUAAUAUUGCAUUAGCCGACGUUUGUCUCUAAAACCCCCCAAAAAACCAUACAUCACAAGCAGCACAAAUCUUUUGCCAAUGAGUCGCAGACAGUCAUUGGAUCGACCAGGAAUAUUGUCUCCUCCGGGUCCGUUUCUGACGCCCAGUCCAUCGCCAUCGAUCUCAGCUAGCCCUCGUCUGCAACCAUCGCCAUCGCUCUCGCCGUUCCCACAGGAUGUGGUGCUCGUAGCCGGUGGCAGUCAAGUUAACGCCAACAGCAAUCCCCAGGAACACGAGCGCAAGGCGGCGACGCCUGGCAGGAGACAGUCCAUCCACCAGUUCACCAAUGGCAGUCCCAACGCUGGAACCGUCGUCUUCCAGCCGAGCCCCUCACAAUCGCCGGCCGCUGCCACGACGGUCAUCGGCGUGACCAGUGGUGGCCUCAUAGCCACCGCCGCCGGAGGAACUGGAACAGCCGGCCUAAGUGCCGGACUAGUGGGAGCUGGCAACAGUUCCGGAGUGGGAGUGGGAGUGGCCCUGCACAGCAAUGCCAUCGGGAAUGAGCUGAAUGCCACUCUGGUGGGGUCCAACAAUAUCCAGCUCAAUAAGAAGGGGACAAAGCGGGCCACCCAGCAGCAGCAGCAGCAGCAACAACAACAGCAGCAACAGCUGGGCCACCAGAUCUUCAGCAGCGCCGUUGCACCCACCUCGAUUAGCAGUGCGACGGCGGUGGCAUCCGGCGGCGGAGGCUAUGGACAGUUCAAUGCCACCGCCAUCAGCACGCCCACCUCGUUCGCCACGGCCACGGGCAGUGUGGUCAGCAGCAGCGCCAAAGGUCCGACGAAGGGUCAGAAGGGGCAGCAACAGUUCCAGCACUACCAGAGCAGCAGUCCCCUGAUAGCGGACAGUCCCAUCCCGAGUCCCAGCGGCACCAUUGCGGCGGCUGCCAUCAAGCCACCCACUCCGCAGCCCCAAACCAUGCAGAUGCUGCCCCAGCAGUUCACCAUCUCGCAGCAGCCGCAGCAGCAGGCGCAGCAGGUCUUCCAGUUCAUCCAGGGACCGCAGGGCCAGCUUAUAGCCACCACUCCGCAGCAUCAGCAACAGCAGCAGCAGCCGCAGCAACAACAGCAGCAGCAGCAGCAGCAAACACAGCCUCUCCAGCAGCAGCAGCAGCAGCAACAUCGGUUCGUCAGCAAUGCGGGAGUGAGUGGAGCCACCGGCAAGACCGGCAAGGCGCCGCAACAAAUCCUGCCCAAGCCGCAGCAGGAGCUGCAGCAGCAGAAGAAGGGCUCAACGGCCGGAGGAGCUCAGAUCUCGCAGACGCCGCUUCAGGCAGGCCAGUCCAGCAACAAUCCCACCCAACAACAACAGCAGCAGCAGCAACAGCAGCAGCAGCAGCAGAUCCUGCUACCUGCCACCACCAGCCAGCCGCAGCAAUUGCUCCUCAACCAGAUGCCCGUGCUGGUGCAGCAGAAUCCGCAGGGCGUGCAGCUGAUCCUUCGUCCGCCCACGCCCCAGCUGACGACCACGCCCUCGCUGGUCAUCCAGCAGAACGCGCGGGGGCAGCCGCAGCUGCAGACGCAGCCGGCGCAGCAGCAACUGCUGCGGAUAGUGGGCACCAAUGGAGCGACCAUGCAGCUGGCUGCCGCGCCCACCUUCAUUGUGUCCUCGCAGGCGAACCUUAUCCACCAGACGGCGGCGGGCCAGUUCCAGAGCGCCAUCAAGUCUGGCACACAGCUCACCGGCCUCCAUGCGGCAUUGGCCCAGGCACAGGCCCAGGCCCAAGCCCAAGCACAGGCACAGGCACAGGCGCAGGCGCCACGAUCUCAGCCGUUUGCCACGACGGCCACGCUGAACACACAGCUGCUCGGUCAGAGUGUGGCCGCGCAACUGCAGAAUCUGCAAUUGGCGGCGGCCCAAAUCCAAAUGCCCAAUGGCCUCACGGCCAUCUCCCAACUGCCGGCUCAUCUGCAGCAGAGUUUGGGCGGAGCCACCAUCAAUCUGAACCAGCUAAAUGGAGCCCACAUCCAGCAGAUAGCCAACGCCUUUCAGACGCCCCAGGCACCGGCAUCGAAUGGCGGCGGAGCAGCCAGCACGACGGAGCUCUUCACCCAAUCCUCGCCAGCACAUGUGCCGCUGGCCGUCACCCCGGAGCCGUUGCGACAGCCCACGCCGGUGCCCAUGAUGCAGCAGCAGGAGAGACAACAGCAAACGCAGCACAUGAUUGGAAUGAGUCACCAGCAGCAGUCUAGUCUGGAGAUCCUACAGCUGCAGCAGCAGCAGGCCCAGAUCCAGCAGCUGCAGCAUCAACUGCAGCAGACCCAGUCCCAAGUGCAGCAGGCCCAGCAAUCUGUCCAGGCGACCACGGUGCCGGAAACGAAGAAGAAACCGCGACCGCGCAAGAAGAAGCAGGUGCCAGCGCCAUUGCCAGUGCCCACUCCUCCGGCAGCCACGCCGACGAUUGUGCCCGUGGAGGUGAGGCCGCCGACGCCCCAGAAGAUAGCCAUUGCGGCCACACCCACGCCGCCACAGACUGUACGCUCCAAGUCGCCAUCGCCUCCGCCCACCACCAUCCAGCGGAGCAGCAACGGCAAGCUGGACCUCGGCGAUGUGAUGAAGUUUUGCGGCAUCACCGGCGACGAUGACGACGACGAGGACUAUGGCAUGGGCCUGGAUGCUGGCCAUCUGGCAUCAGAGCCAGAGCCAGCACAGGCGGUGGCAGCGGCGGCGGCGGCGGCCGGCACGGCAGGCAGCAGCAGCAGCAGCGGGGGCGGCGGCAGCAGCAGCGGCGACAUCAUGAUCUCCAUACCGAACCAAAACGGCAGCGAUGGCCUGCCCUUCACCCUGACCAUUCCCGCGCAGUCUGCGACGGCGUCUCAGGCGGCGGGCAACGAAUCAGCCACCGAAAUACCAAAUAUCCUCAUCAAGAUCGAUCCUAGUGCGGAGGCAGCAGUGCCGCCCUUCGGCCUGUCCACUCCACGACUGCCCACGGCCGAGGAAAUCCAGAAGCAGGCGCAGCAACAUCUGGCCCAACAGGCGGCAGCCGCUGCGGCGGCGGCGGCCAAGGCGACCACAACGGCCACUGCCACGCCCACCAUAAACAUAAGCCUGCCCAGCAUGUCGCUGCAGCCGCCGGCGACGCCCUCACCCAUGGUCACGCCAACGCCGCCAGUCAACGCCAACUCGAACUCCAACCCGGUGUCCACCACGGCGGCCGUGAAGCCAAGAAGAAAGCCUGCGGUGCGGCGGAAUGCCAAGAAACCGGAGGCGACGGCGACCAGCAUGAUCUCCUCGGGCGGCGGCACAACCACCACCAUCAGCAGCAGCACCAGCUCGAUCCUCAGCAGCAGCCAGCCCACCACUGUGAACACCAUAACGCUGACCACGCCCACCUCGGUGUCGAGCGGUAGCAAUCCCACGCUGAUGCUGGCACACGGCACACCCACGGCGGUGCCCAGCCAGAUAGGCAACAUUCAGAUCUCGCAGGUGCACAACCACCACCAGUCCGCCAUGCCGGUGAGCAGUGCGGUGGAGAACAAGAUCCAGAUAAUGCCGAUCCUGCCGCCAGGAGCCACGGUGAUGGGUGGAACGCCGGGGACCGGGAAUCAUGCUUCCGCCGCCGGCCCAUCAGCCCAGUUGGUCUUUCAGCCCACGGUGCCCGCGGUGGCGCCAACGAUCGGUGCGGAGUCGUCGACUGGGUUCAAGCUGUCCAGCGAUGGAAGGCAAAUGCAGCUGGUGGCCAUACCACAGGCCAAUCCGGCGGCGCCGCAGCAGGCAGCUGGUGCAUCGCAACCAGCGGUGGCCACGCCCGCCACGCCUGCUUUAACCGCCGGCGGAGCCACCAUUCUGCCACCCCAGUUGACCGGAAUGCCCGCCAAUGUAUCGGUUUCAGUGGGAUCUCCCGCCUCGGCUGCGGCCCUGGUGCCGCAGCUCACCGGCAGCCUCACGCUCACCGUGUCGGAGCAGUGCGAGCGUUUGAUCCUGCGCCAUGAUCCCAACAAUCCCCAGGAUCACCAGUCGCAGCUCAUUCUGCAGGCUCUGCUCAAGGGUGCCCUGCCCAAUGUGACCAUCAUCAAUGAGCCGACGCGAGUGGAUGCCAACAAGCCAAGCUUGCAGCCGCCGCAGCAGGUGAUUCAAAUCCCCCAGCCACUGGCCCCAACUCAGACUAUUCUGCAGCAGCAGCAGCAGCAGUCGCUUUCCAAGGUUUCAACAGCGCCCAAAAUAGAAGUCAAAGUGGCCAACAAUAGGAAGGGAGGACAUACCGCUAGCAGUAUGCUGGGCAUGACCAGCACCACAACGACCAUGUCGACGAUGAAGCCACCGGCCACGAUGCCCGCCAAGCCGAACGAAGUGAUGUCAUUCCCGCAGCUGCCGCUUAACUCGCAGGUGCUCAUACAGCAGCAGCCGCCGCUGAUUCCGGCGCAGCUGCAGCCCCAGCUGCAACCCGUCACCGUGCCGGUGAGCCUGCCCACUCAACCGGCCACCAUCUCCGUUCCCAUACCCUCGCCGGUGCCCGCUCCACAGCUGGCCAACAGUGGGCAGCAGCGGUACAUCGCCCUGCCGCCCAUCGAUCCCACCACGCAGCAGUUGUUCUGCCUGAACAGCGUGACCAACCAGAUCACGGCCAUGAGUGCGGGUCAAACGGCGGCUUCGAUUGGACCCACGGAGCGGUUGCUCAUUGCUCCCGCGGGGAUCAAUGCCCAGCAGCUGGCCCAGUGCCUGCAGUUGGGCCAGCUGCACUUCAACGAUGUGAACCCACUGCCGGCGCAGCAGCAACAGCCACAGCCUCAGCCACAGCAUGCGGCGGCCUCAUCUUCGAUGGCACUGUCCAUGCCACUGCGACCCCAGCCACCGCAGCAGCAGAUCGUGCAUCCCAUUCAGCCUGUGACCAAUGGCCUGACCAUCACCACAACGGCUAGCAGCACGCUGACCACCACCACCACCACCACCAGCACCACCUCGUCCACGACGACGGUGACCAAGCAGGUGGCCAAUGUGGCGCCGAUAAUAGACCAGAGCAAAGCGAAACUGGAGCCGGCCAAGGCGGCCACCAGUGGAGUCGGUGGCGGAGCCGUGGUCAAGAAGAAGCCGGUGAGGAAACCGAAGGCCACACCGACCAACGCCUCGGAGUUGGCCAAUCUGAAGAACGCCAGCGUGGUCAAGCCGAUGCCGAAGCUGGAUCCCCUGUCGCAGAAGCCCAACAACAACCCGGUGCAGAUUGUGCAACCGAAUGUGGCCAGUGGCAAGCAGAUGAUUGUGGUCGGCAGCUCCAGUUGCACCACCACCACCACGACCACGAUGAGCGCCAGCAUCCAGCCCUUCCAGACGACGAGUGGCACUAAGCUGGUGGGCGUAACUGUGCCCAUGCAGCAGCAACAACCCACUGCCACGGCAGCGAUAUUGCAGCAGCAACAGCACCAGCAGCAGCAACAGCAACAACAAAGGACGAGCUUUAGUUUAACGGCCACCACGGUGGCUACUGCUGCCCCCUUGCCAUCGCCAACUGUCACGCCGGGGGUCAGUCAAGUCCAAAUACAGCAGCUGCCACCCCAGCAACUGCAGCAGCAGCAGCAACAGCAACAGUUGCAGCCACAGCAGCAGCAACAGUUGCAGCUGCAGCCACAGGCCAAGCCACAACAAUCGCAAGCGAACACUGUGUCCCGGGUGCAGACCAUCCAACUAACGCCCCAGAUGCAGCAGGUCUUCAAGCAGGUGCAGAUGCAGAUCCAGUUCCUCACAAUCAAGCUGCAGAACAAGGCCACCUUCCUGCCCGUCUCCCCGGAAAUCGAUCCGGCGACAAUAGCCGCCUACAACAAGCCGAUGACCGAUGUGGAGAUAAAUCUGGCACUGCAGCGACUCUUUGCCGAGCAGCAUCGAAUUCUGGCCUCCGGCAAGGAGGUGCCCACUCCGGAGGGAAUGUUGCCCACGGCAAAUGGCAGCGGAGGCUUUAGCCUGAUGGCACAGGCAGUCCAGCAACAGCAACAGCAGCAACAACAACAACAGCAGUUGCAGGCGGCAGUGCCUGAGCCACUGAAGACAAUUGUGCCCGCCAAUGUGGUGCAGCCCAACAACCACUCUUCCACUUCUGCCUCAGGAACAACAACCGGACUGGCAGCGGCUCCCAAUGCCCAGCAGAAUAUAACCCAGCGGAUACACAUCUAUCCCAUGCAACACCAACAGCAGCAGCAGCAGACGGGCAACAAACUGAAGCAGGCGCAGCCAAAGCCACAACAGGAGCAGCAGUCGCAGCAGCUUCAAGUAAAACCCAAAGAGCCGGCCAACAGGAACAAAGUCAACAAUCAACAGCUGCAGCAAAACCCACAACAAUUGCAGCAACAGCCACCCAAUGGAAGCAUCGUCAAUAUGUUGCCACAAAAAGUGAAUAUGCUGCCGAUUGUCCACCAGCAGCAGCAGCAACAGCAGCAACUCCAACAACCACAGCAGCAGCAGCAGCCAUUGCUCAGCAAAAGCGGACCACCACCUUUGAUCUUCGCCAGCUCCACAAAUCUGGUCAACACCAGCAGCAGUAGCAGUAGCACCAGCAACAGCAGCAGCAGCAGUAACACUCUUACUAGCAACUCUGCGAUGCAAGUGAACAACAUGUUGCCGAUGCCACCAUUGCAACCCCAGCAGCAACCGCACCAGCAUUUGCAACAGCAACCAACACCAAUCCUGCCGCCAGUGGCUUCUGCAAUGGGAGUUGGAGUAGGAGUAGGAAUGGGAGUGACCGGACCAGCAGCGAUUGGAAGUCUAGUGCCAACACUGCCGACCGUACCGAGCCUGCCACUUUAUAUGCCCAACAAAAUGGACGAAAUGCCAACGCAGAAGCCGAAAAUUGCACGCCUCUCCUUAUUCGUGCGACAACUGGAGGUCGAUCAGGAGAGCUGUCUGAAGCCGGACUACGUGAAGCCUUUCCGCACCAAGGACGAGGCGGUUAAGAGGCUAAUCAGGUACCAUUGCAUGCACGAAAACGAUGUGGAGUUGCCGUCUGAUGAAGACGAGGAGUUUGAGUCCACCGCUUUGGAAUUCCAGGACAAGUUCCGCCAGUUGAACGGCAAGUUCCAGGAAAUCCUAAUGCAAGAGUCAACGCUGCCACAUCGCACCUCAGAGUCACUGCAAAUGCAGCAGCUGAUGAUCGACGAUCUCAAAGGCGAGAUUAACGACAUACGCCACGCUGAAAAGGAAUUGGAACAACAGCUGAAGGAGGAGCAGAAUAGCGAGAAGACAACGCUGCUGGAAGGUGAUCCGCAGUCGGAGGCCAAAGUGAAGGAGGAGAUCAAACAGGAACCGGUGGAUAAGCCAGCCCAGUCAGAGGAUGUGGUGGACACGUUUGAUCUGCUGAAGAAGAGCGCCGAUGUCAACAAAGCGUUCAGUAAGUCACAGCCACAGCAGCAAUCUGCAGUCAAGCAAGAGGAAAACAACGAAGUUGGCGAACCUUCAGUAAACGGAGCUGUGAAAAGCGAAGGCCAGGACAAGGAGUCCUCGAAAUACAUCAAAAAGGACUACGACAAUUUCGAUAUCGAGUCCGAGCUUACCACGAGCUUUAUAAUGAAGAAAGUGGAGCACAAAGCGGCCCUGGCCAAAAGCGCUGAGAAUCGCUACCAGGAAAGAAAUCUGAUGGAUCAACAACAACAUCAGCAGCAACAGCAGCAGCAGCAACAUAUCAAAGGCAACGGAGUGGAUCCGGUGGAUCAGGAUGAUGGCUGGUAUUGCCUGCAAAAGGAGCUUAAUCUUAUGAACAAUGAUCCCAUGCAGCAGCCGCAAGCGCAGCUAAAUGGCAACCCGCAGCAUCUGAACCUCAAUCGCCAGUCCACGGAACAACAAGCCCACUAUCUGGACAACGCCAGCGCCAACAACAUAAUGGCCAGCAGCAAUCACAUCGCGGAUCUGUUCCCCAACGGAUGCAUUGACAAGAGCAACCAGAGCACCACCAGCAGCAGCAACAGCAGCUGCGUCAGCGACAACCAUGCUGGCUCCAAUCCCGUCAAGACUGUGUCCUCGUGCAGCGGCCAGCGGGAACAGCCGGUGGUCAUUGAUGCCGAACAGCAGAACGAGCACCCGGCCAUCAGUGAGUUCUUCAGCAGCGACUCGGAUGUGCAAAAGUCCGUGGAGACGCGACUGGAGGCCAUGUUCGGCGAGUCACCCGUGCACCUGGACGUGAAGAGCAGCAGCGAUGCCCACGACAUUGAGUCCAAUUUGGACGAGAUCUUUGGCGAUUCGAAAUCGCCGGCUGCCAACCACAAGACUAAGAUGAACAUGUGGGUGCCAGAUGCCACAUUUAUGCAGCAGCAGCAGCAGCAGCAACAGGCACCGCAACAGCAACAGGCAGCGCAACAACAGCAGCAACAGCAGCAGCAGCAAUAUGCGGCCGCACAGCAACCAUCACAGCAGCAACAUCACAUUGAGCUGAACUGCAACAACAAUCCCCGCUGGAUGCAGAGCAUGGAGGCGCACUACAGUGACUACCUCUCCAGCGGAACCAGCAAUGGCGAGCUGGUGAACGGCGGAGAGUCGCGCAAGCGCAGCUGGGACAGCCAGCUAAUGGGCUCUGGCAGCGACAUGGAGGACGACAACAGCAGCAAGCGCCUGUGCACGGCCUCCUCGUCCUCCUCCUCGUCGCCCAUGUCGUCGCAGCAGCAGCAACAUCAUGUCCAGGUGCCGCAGCAUGGUCUCUUGGAUCCGGACAUGCUGCCCGCUGGAUUCCCCCAGAUGCUGAUGGAGCAGCAGCAGCAACAGCAACAGCAGCAGGCCCAGCAGCAACACAACUUUGCCUAUUCCAGCAUAUUGGACCAGCAGCAGCAGCAACAGCAGCAGCAGCACCAACAGCAGCACCAACAGCAACACUUUCAGCACAAUAUGCAGCAGCAGAUGCAUGUGGGCCACAUGGGCGGAGCACCAGUGGUGGCUGGCGGCGAGUACGAUGAUGACAUCAGUCGGCAUGUGGCCAGCGCCAUCGACAGCAUCCUGAACCUGCAGAACAGCGGCGAUUCGCUGCAGUUCUCCCUGGGCUCGAUCCUCGGCGACAGCAUGCUCGACGAUCAGCGGCAGGCGGGCGCAAAUCUUCCCAGCUGCCAACAGGAGCAGGUGCUUCAGCGACGACGUCAGCUGGGUGAAGAGAUGAACGACUGCCUGAUUAGUGGCGGAGGAUCCGCUGUUAGUGGUGUGGCGGACAACAGUAGCAAUAUCCUGCUGGAGCAUCACCACCAACAGCAUCAGAUGAUGCAGAGCCACCAGCAGCAACCACACCUGCAGCACCAUCACCAUCAAAACAUGGCCCAGGCUCAGGCUCAACAUUUGGGACAGCUAAACGACUUUAGCUGCGUGGCCGGCGGCCUGGACGAUCCGGUCAAGUCGAUCAUGACCUCUUGACUUGGAGCCCCAGCCUCGUCCGCAGCGGAAAAUGCCUCCAACAGUCUGAUACUAGAGUUUAAUGCCACCACCUUGUGAAGAACGUUUGAUAAUAAUGACUUCCUGAUUGUAUAGAUACCCGUCUUAGUUGUCCUUGGUUAUUGUUUUACCCCCGAGCACAACCUUUUAUUAGACCUAAGUUGAGACACUGUAGCAUAAAUUGUUUUUACUUAUUGUUUGUAUUGUUUAGUCCAAUGUUUUGUACAAUAUUUGAAUUGAAACCCCCCUCAGAUAACCAAUUACUUAAUGCAAGGGGACUGGUGAAUGUGUAGGCAUCCAUCAUCAAACAUAUGACAAAGCCCCAAUAAAGCCAAGAAAGCAACUGACGUGGUGAAUUGAAAACUAAACGACGAAUAGCAUCAAAUGCUUCUCACAGAGGUACACUAAAUGGAACCUAAUCUUAUAAUUAUAUAGUUACAGUAACUAAGAGAAAACCCAUAGACAAUUUAUUCAAAUGAAACCAAGAAAAGUACGUAUGAAAUUGAAAUGAAUUGAAUGAUAAGAGAGAAAAACACGCGCAAAGAGAAAGGAAAGAAAACGAAUUGGUUGUAUAAUUCAUAAUUAAGUUACAUGAAGCAAUUCUAAAAAAACAAUUAAAAUCACGUUGCCAAUUUUGUUGUCGGUUGGAAUAUCAGACAGAGCAAUUUAUCCGCAUCCAAUCAAUUUUUAGAGAUCCCCCAGAUAAAAUAUAUUUAUUUACGCACUUCGUUGCGGAAAAGCUUGUAAAUAGUUAGAGCAUGCAGUUGCGCCCCCAGAAACUGUCUUACACGAUUAUAAAUAUAUAGCUAAGCAUUUUUAAACAAGAGGAGAGAUAUCAUUUAAAGCGCUUUACGUACGACUGCUUCUGAUAUUACAGACAAACAAACAAACAAACCAACCAACCAACCUAUCGACGUGCUCAAUUCGAGAGUAAAGAAUAUUUCGGCAUAGCUACGGGUGUCAUUGGAAAGCAAAUACAAAGAUCUUAGGGAUUAACGAGUACCAACUAUGGCAAACUACGAAGCAAACCAAAAGCAGUUCAAAAAUCACAAUUUUAGCCAAUUUAGUUUAAACAUUUAUAAAUUAUUGAAUCUAAUGUAAUAUCUUAUACACUUAAACCGAUGAGGAGAAUAUCGAAAUGGGGGGGAGGGGGGAGGAACCACAUAAAAACAAAAACCACAAAUUAACGAAUCGUAUCAAUUGUAUCUUGAUCUUGCGACAAAUCUGACUUGUGAUUUGUGCCACGUUUUAAAUAUAGAUGUCUGAUUAGCUUGUAAACAAAAAUACAUAAUAAAUACGAUUAAAGUCUAUACAAAAACCCACACUCAGUAAGCCACUACGAAGUUUAUCCAAAACGAAUCGCGAGUCGCGGAAGCGCAAUUGUAAAUGUUUGGCGUGGGAAGGGCGGGCGCCACGCAUCAAUUACAUACCAAUUACAAUACUAACUACUACUUUAAUACCACCACUAACACACCUAAUACGAUACGUACUACCAUGGACGGAAUGCUUGUAUUACGUGUAGUCUGUAAGGGAACUUCAAGAGGUACCAUAUUUUAAGAUGUGCUUCGUUUAUUCAGGCCACUUGCCCACCCAUCCAUCCAUCCAUGACCCCAGAACUUGAACCCAAACCUAUCAUCAUCAUACCCCCAAAACACAAAACACAUAACAAAACUCCCACCUGUCCAGCGUUCCGUCUGAGUUGCAUGAUCUUGUAUUUUUAUUUUGAAACUUUCUAGUUAUUAUACAAAGACAAAUAAGUUUCGUGUAAAAAUGUACAUGUAAUAGCAUAAUUUAAGUUGGCAACCCAAAACUGAAUAAAUUUAAAUCUAUUGAUAGAUUAUUAAUGCGAAUUGUUUUAAGUUGUAUUUAGAACAAAAUCGAAGCCCCACAACUCAAAUCGGUCGACGCCCCUCCCGCAACCACCUUUCCACAACAAAAAGCGCAGUGUCGUCACUUGAAUUGCAUUGUUCAGCUAGAUGUGUCUAAAUGUAAUUUAACAUAAAGAGAAAACUAAAGAUUUUUAAACAAACAUUGUGAGUUUUAAUUAAACAUCAUCAGCAUAGGGAGAGAGAGACAGCAAAGCAAAGGAAACAUCUUUAAUAUUUGAUAGUUUAUUAAGCCCAUCCAUUCAUAGUCGUCAUAAACAUUAAGUACAUUAAACAAAACAAAACGAAACAAACAAAAGAUUCAAUAUAAAUCUCACUGAAACGCAACAAAACCGAAAACCCAACUGAAAACGGAAACUAAAUAAAAGGAAAUGCAAUCAAAGUUCGUGCAUUUGCGUUUGUACUGGGUGAAAUGUUCUUAGGAAAAUAAAGAAAAUUCCAUACAA